UGGGUGUGGGAGGGGGUGAUCCAGUAGCCGCCGCCGCCGAGCGUCCGGAAAUCUUUGCCCCUCCUGAAAAUGAACGAGGUGCCGGCAGAAGAGUUCAAAGACCCAGAAGUAUAUAAAAUAUGCUAUAUAUUUCCAAAUGGAGACAAAUACGAGGGUGACUGUACGAGAAUAUCUCCUGGAGUCUUUGAAAGAAAUGGAGCAGGGGUUCAUACCACCCCCAAUGGAAUAACCUAUGUAGGGGCCUGGAAAGAUGACAAAAUGAAUGGAAUCGGAAGACUUGAGCAUUUUUCAGGAGCAGUAUAUGAAGGAGAGUUCAAGGACAACAUGUAUCACGGAAUAGGGACUUAUACAUUCCCAAAUGGAGCAAAAUACACCGGAAGUUUUGUAGAAAACAGGGUGGAAGGUAAGGGAGAGUAUACUGACAUUCGUGGAUUGGAAUGGAGUGGUACCUUUCAUUACACAGCGGCGCCGGGGCUGAAACUGAAGCUACAGAUGUAGAAGGUCUCUAAACUAAAGUACAAACGUUCAAGUUGAUGUUAAUCUUAAGCAAUUAUGGCCGAAUGUUUCCCUUAAAAGUUUCAUACGCUAGUUACUGUACUGUGAGUUAGCCAAUAAAAUCAUCCAUCCAUU